AUGAGUGGCAGUAGAAACGUCGAUGAGAUUCGCGAAAUCGUAUCGGCAUCGCUGAACGCGAACGAGCCGGGGGGGCCGGAGGCCGAGGAUAAACGGGACGCGGCGGUUGACCGAGCGGAGGAGAAGGCUUCGGUCGAUCCUGAAGACGAUAGCAAAACGAGAGAAGCGACGGAUUACGACGACGAGGCCGACGAAGAUGAGGACGAAAACGAUCGGCAGGUGCGUCAAAAAAGUCGCGCCGAUCGUUCCGAUAUCUCGAACGACGAUGAACUCGAUCCCAAAAACUCGAAGGAAGUCGCGAAGCGCGAAGCCCGCGACGAGAACGAAUACGACGAAGACGACGACGAUUACGAGGCCAAUCCGGAAAGCGUCGAUUCCCCGAGCGAGGACGAUCCCAAGGCGAAGAUCGUCGAGCGCUCGGCGCCCGAAGAGACCAACUCUGAGAGCGACAAAUCUCAGGGUUCGAAGGACCCGAGCUCCCUCGAUAGCGACGACUCCGACCUCGACUUUGAGAAAGCGAUCGAGAACCAGAUCCAGCAGAGAAUAGACGCGAUAAAGGAGGACAUCAAGAGGCAGAUCGAGAAGAAACAGCUGGCCCGGGAGAUCGAGGCGAACAACGAGAAAUUCGACCAGCUGGAGUUCUCCGACGAGGAAGCCGAGCCCGCGGUGAAGCUUUUCGAUUCGCCAAAAAGAUCGUUGGACAGUGUUCCCGCUGGGAACGGCGACUCCGACGAGUCCAAGCGACCGAAGAGACGAUCCGAUCUCAGCGAGGCGGCGAGCAGCCAGGAGUCGAAGAACCUCGCCUUGCCAGUGAAGAAGCGAAGCUCGGUGAGACGCGUGACUUUGGUCCAGAGGAAAGACGCGCGCAAGAGGAAAGACCGGAGCUCGAUCCUCGUGCCGGAACAAGGUCACGCGGAGCUCAAUGACGAUUUGCCGGCCGAUCUUACUCUCGAUCCAAAGCUCCGGUUGUCGAGGUCCAAGGACGAACUUCCCUCGGCUCGAUACAGACGAGACAUGUCCGAGGAACUCGAGGAAUCCGACGAGCCCGCCAAGCUUUUAUUCGCCCCUCACGAAAAGUCGGACUCGAAAGGUCGCCGGAGACGCAGCCGAAUUCACAGUCGCCCGAGAUCCCACGAUCGAGGAAGGUCCCAGAGGCGUCGACGGUACCUGAGGCGCCAUCGAGCCGCAAGGGAAUCCCCGAUGAAGGACGCGGAGGAAAGGGAUAAAAGGGAGAUGGACGAGGAUGCUGCACUCGUCGAGUACAAGGAAUCGUUCGGAGGUUUCCCAGGAGGCGAGCCGGGAGGUGCGUUGGGUCGAUUCAAGAGGAUCAGGCGUUCGAGCAACGUCACCUGAGCUCCGAACUCCCCCCAAUCGUCGAAGACUCGGGCCGAUGGAUAGAUAUUCUCGUCCUCUUCAAGUACAACGAGCUUGGAAUCUCCCCUUAAGUGUGAAGCCUCGACGAUCCAGCGUCGUUUUUCCCAUACUUUCUUUUCUACCACACGCAUUUUUACGCUUUAAGCUUAUGCUAGAAACCUUUUUUUUUAUAUUUCUUUGUCUCACAU